ACGAGGAGCAUAUCAUCGUUUCUUCUUCGGGUCUGUGUGUAUGCCGUCGUCACAAUGUUGAGUCUCAACAGCAAAGUCAACUUUGACUAUGCGAACCCCAAUUCUGAGGUGAGCACCGAUGCUCGUAAAGAGCUUGCUCACCUCGACUACUCUCCCCUCCCCAGGAUCACUGGGCGGUCCUUCUGCAUGGGCGUUUUGGUGUCGAUGGGCGGGUUCAUCUUUGGAUACGACACUGGUCAGAUCUCAGGUUUCCAAGAAAUGCCCGACUUCCAAAAGAGAUUCGCAGAAAUGCAGCCAGAUGGGUCCUAUGCCUUCAGCAACGUCAGGUCGGGUCUGAUUGUCGGCCUCUUGUCGAUAGGCACCCUUGUGGGCGCUCUUGUGGCGGCACCUCUCGCCGACUGGAUCGGCCGCCGUCCAUCUAUCUCCAUUUGGAGUGCCAUCGUCGCCGUCGGCUUCGUCAUCCAGGUCGCGGCCUCGACCUCAUGGCAGCAGUUCAUGGUUGGCCGCCUGGUGGCCGGCUUCGGCGUGGGUGCUCUGAGCCUGCUUGUCCCAAUGUUCCAGGCAGAGUGUAGUCCACCAUGGAUCCGUGGUGCUCUAGUGUGUACAUACCAGCUUUUCAUCACGCUUGGGAUUUUCCUUGCUGCAUGUUUCAACUACGGCACCUACACACAUCAGAUGGACAACUCUGGUUCCUGGCGCAUUGUUAUCAGCAUCGGCUGGAUCUGGACUCUCAUCCUUGGCGCCGGCGUCUGGUUCUUCAAAGAGACGCCGCGCUUUGUGUACAGGAAAGGCGGUGUGGAACAGGCCAAGCAGACGUUGAUGCGUGUAUACGGAGCUCCAGAGAACCACUUUGCCAUCUUCACCCAGAUGGAGGAGCUGGAGAGCAAGUGGCGUAUCGAAAUGCGGACACAGAAGCAAGGGCCCGUCAGAGAGAUGGCGAAUAUGUUCAAGGCACCGCGCAUGACCUACAGAAUUUUGCUGGGAAUCAUGCUGCAGAUGUUCCAGCAGCUGACUGGAGCAAAUUACUUCUUUUAUUAUGGAACGACCAUCUUUAGCUCGGUCUCCAUCAGCUCCUUCAUCACGCAGAUGAUCCUGAAUGGCAUCAACUUCGGCGUCACCUUCAUUGGCUUGUACCUCGUGGAGCAUUAUGGCCGCCGCAGGUCCCUAAUCGCGGGCAGCAUCUGGAUGUUUAUCUGCUUCAUGAUCUUCGCCUCCGUAGGCCAUUUCGCCCUCGACGUGAACACACCGUCCAACACACCCGAGGCUGGAAUCGCCCUCAUCGUUAUGGCCGCCCUGUUCAUCCUUGGCUAUGCCACGACCUGGGGCCCAAUGGUCUGGACGCUCAUCGCAGAGAUCUACCCAUCCAAGUACCGUGCCAAGGGCAUGGCCAUCGCCACCGCCAGCAACUGGACCUGGAACUUUCUCAUCGCCUUCUUCACGCCGUUCAUUACCGCAGACAUUGACUUCGCCCUGGGCUAUGUCUUUGCCGCAUGUAACCUGAUAGGCGGUGUGCUGGUCUACCUGUUUGUGAUCGAGGGACAGGGCAGGACACUGGAGGAGAUCGAUACCAUGUACCUGGAGCACGUCAAUCCUCGCACGUCGGCCAAGUGGACACCGCCUCCUGCUGAGGAGAUGGCAAGGAUCCGGGCCGAGGCUGGCACGGAUGUGCCGACAACAUCUUCGAGUACUCCUAGCGACAACCGUGACAUCACACAGGCACAGCACACAGAGGCUGUGUAA